UUGCCAAAAGUAAAAUAUUUUAGUUUUUCAUUUUUCUGAUUAAUUUUCCCGGCUAACUUUAUGAUGUUGCAACAGAAAGCUGCGACCUGAACAGCGUGAUAUUAACGUUCUUUGAAUACAAUCUUGACCGUCGGUGAUAAAUCCCUUCUUUUGCAGGCUUGACCACCAAGACUUUAAUGUCCUUGGUCUGCUGGAGAGGGAAUGCACCGCGGGUGCCUGCACGAAGGGUCUUCGUUGGUCGGUGACGAAAUCAGUGAUUUCUGCUGACCGGCAGCAAAAAUAUCCGUUAUCGGUGGAUGAUCUUAUCAGCCUGAUCUUGUUCAUACACGUGUGCGUGAUUGCAUGAGAGUGUUCCUGCAGAUUAUAAUGCAGUAUUAAUUUGCGCGGUUCUUCGUUCAUCUUGAUUCAUCAUGGCUCUUCGUCAAAUUGGUUCCGAUCCGAAAGCUCGCAAUCCCGAUGUCGGUGUAAAAUCCGCUCAUGCGCCAACUGUUGUUGAGAAGCCACCAGCGGAAAAGCGAGGCAUUAAUGCCAUUCUCGUGGGUCCUCCGGGUUCUGGCAAAGGAACUCAAGCACCCCGAUUGGCAGAACGGUAUGGAAUUUGUCAUUUAGCAACAGGAGACCUGCUGCGGGCAGAGAUUGAUUCUGGGUCAGAAAUGGGAUUAUCCGCUAAGAAGGUUAUGGAUGAAGGGAAACUGGUCAGUGACGACGUUGUUGUGCAUCUCAUCGACCGAAAACUGGAUACGCCGGACUGUCGUCAAGGGUUUCUCCUAGAUGGAUUUCCUCGCACACUCGGUCAAGCUCAGAAGUUGGAUGCUUUAUUGGCUGAACGGAAGCGGCAGCUGGACACGGUGAUAGAAUUUGAUAUCGAGGAUCAGCUACUGGUAAAAAGAAUCACAGGACGCUGGAUACAUCGUACAAGUGGACGCACGUAUCACGAGAUCUUCAAUCCACCUCGCAUACCGGGCGUGGAUGAUGUAACCGGUGAACCGCUGGAACGAAGAUCAGAUGACAAUGUCCAGACGCUGAACAAGCGUUUAACAGCCUACCACGAUCAGACGGCACCUUUAAUAAAUUAUUAUCAAAAGCGUUAUCUGCAUCACCGCAUCGAUGCAUCCAAGCCUCCUGAUGCCGUAGAAACGGACAUCGAAAAUAUUGUUACAACUGUGAAAUCGAAAGAUAAGGUUACUUGGUGUCCAGUGCAGUGAUCCCCGGAAAGAAAAAUUUUAGAAUAUGUGUAUUGCCAUUUUGCUGCCGUUAUUGUCUUCAGUGGUUCCAUUGUUGUUCUUUUUGUGGAAAUCAUCGUUUUCCAGGUCGUUCAUGCGCUCUUGAAGAGACUGUGCGAGGCUGCAACUAGUGGACAUGCAGGUUGUUUGUGUAAUCUAGCUUGUCUUUCACCUCUUGAAUUCGAUGCUGCAAGCCAGGUAUUUCUGCGGACUACAUUUGUUGGUUCUUACUUGCUUUAACUGUUAAGCGGAACUGUGGGUACGAGGUGGUAGUUUUCUUUUCCGUUCUCAAGUUUUUUUUCUGCACGUUUUGUACGCCUGAAUAAAAUUAUCGAAAUAAUUUUUGUUUGAGUGCGGAAUUCAUAUUGUAUCUCGGCCUAAAUACUACUGAAGAACCUAAAUACAUACUGUAGCCGUACAAAUGAGAUCUGUAGUGAAGAUGUACAUCUUAUUGGUGCUAGUUCAACCGAAAACAUCUCAAUGUGUACUUGUACGAGAUGACCAGUUCUAACGUGGAU